UAAUGAUAGACCUUCAUCCGCGAUUGAAUGGAAUGGAAACAGAAAGUGACGUUGUGAAGUUUUCAGAAACGAAACACUAUUGUUUGUGGGCGGGACUUAAGUUGAGGCUUUAAAUGCACGCCUCCAUCCACAGACACCUUAUUUGAUGCUGGAGUGAUUUACCUGACUCCAAAUAUCUUGAUUCAGCAGAAGAUAUGAACAGCUCGGUAAUGGAACUGAAAAUAAAACUGAUGGGAGGAGAUGAGAGGAGUCUGGAAGUGAGAGGUGAUGCCACGGUUGGCGAACUCAAGCAGCUCAUUUCUCAGCUCUUCAGAGAGCCUCCUUACAAACAGAGGCUUUCUGCCGAGAACGGAUGCCUUAUCAGCCUUGAUUCCAGAAAACUCAGCGAUUACGGUUUGCAGUCAGGCUCACUUGUUAUCCUGCUCAUCAACAAACCUUUCCAGGUGUUUGUUCAAAACGAAAAGGGCAUAAUAGGAACGUAUGAUGUUGAUGUCAAUGAGACCGUAGAUCAGCUCCAGACUAAGAUCUACAACAAAGAGAGAGUCCCAAAGGAUCAACAGAAACUGGUUUACAACGGCAAACAGCUGGAGUCUGGCAAGAAGCUGCAAGACUACAACAUCAAAUCAGGAGACACCCUUUACAUGACUCUCCGGCUCCGGGGAGGUUCAUAGAGGAGAUCAGCACGACCAGGAUUCAUAACUGAUCCAAUUCAUUAAUAGGCCUAAAAAAAACCGAAAUAUGCCAAAAUAGCAAAGUCAAAUUGAAAGUGUCGGUCUAGAUAAGAUUACUAUCUGUAAAUGCACUUUUAUGCCUGUUAAUUACCUAUUCUAUUUAAUAUCUUGUGUCAGAAUAUUUAUUUAUUUUGAUUUUGAUUUAAUGUAUUCGUGUCAUUUAUUAAACUUAUACAAUAUAGAAUAAGUGCAACUUUCCAGUUUAAGAUUUCUACAUGUGCUGCUGGCCAACAUUUGUUGUUGAAUAAAAUGUAAAUGC